AUGGACGACAAAAAAGUUUAUGAACUUGAGAAGUUGCAAUCUGCUUGUAGAGAAUGGGGUAUCUUUCAGGAGUUAAUGAGUUCGAGUCGUGGAAACAACCUCUUGCAGAAAUGUAGGAAGGCUGCGUACAAUAGACCCUUGAGGUCCGACCCUUCUCCGGACCCUGUGCAUAGCAGGAGUUUAGUGCACCGGGAUUUGACAAAUCAUGGAGUAUGUUCUUCAUUGAUGAAGAAACUCAACAUAGCAAUUGAGAAUUUCUAUGAACUUCCCUUAGAUGAGAAAAUGAAGUUUGCACCCCAGGAAAUGGAGAAGGGAAUGCAAUCAGUGAGGAUGAACUAUUAUCCACCCUACCCCAAACCACAGCUAGUAACAGGGCUUGUAAGUCACUCAGAUGGCAGUGGAAUCACCAUAAUUCACCAAAUUGAUGGAGUUGAUGGAUUGCAACUUAUUUGGAGCAAUGGUCUUUAUAGAAGUGCAGAACACAAAGUGACAGUGAAUGAAAAUACAAGGAGGAUUUCCAUUGGAGUGUUUUUCAACCCAAAGCUAGAAGCAGAUAUUGGACCAGCUGAUUCCCUAAUUAACCAUGAAAAUCCACUACUAUUCAAAAUCGUCACUUCUGAUAAGUACUUGAAACUUGAAAGAGUUUUUUCCAGGAAAUUAGGAGUCAAAACACAUUUGGAGCAUAUGAGGAUUAACAAAUUCUAG